AUGGAAGAACACGGGGUGACCCAAACAGAACACAUGGCCACCAUCGAGGCCCACGCAGUGGCCCAGCAGGUGCAGCAGGUCCAUGUGGCCACCUACACAGAGCACAGCAUGCUGAGCGCGGAUGAAGACUCGCCGUCUUCGCCUGAGGACACCUCCUACGAUGACUCUGACAUCCUCAACUCCACGGCUGCUGACGAGGUCACCGCCCACCUGGCCGCGGCAGGCCCUGUGGGGAUGGCAGCAGCUGCUGCUGUGGCAACGGGUAAAAAACGAAAGCGACCACACGUUUUUGAAUCCAACCCGUCAAUCCGCAAGAGGCAGCAGACGCGUUUGCUACGGAAGCUCCGAGCCACGCUGGAUGAGUACACCACCAGAGUGGGGCAGCAGGCCAUCGUUCUGUGCAUCUCACCCUCUAAACCCAAUCCCGUCUUUAAAGUAUUUGGUGCUGCACCCUUGGAGAAUGUGGUACGCAAGUACAAGAGCAUGAUUUUGGAAGACCUGGAGUCGGCACUAGCGGAGCAUGCUCCUGCGCCUCAGGAGGUUAACUCAGAGUUGCCGCCCCUCACCAUCGAUGGCAUUCCCGUCUCUGUGGACAAGAUGACCCAGGCACAGCUGCGAGCUUUCAUCCCCGAGAUGCUGAAGUAUUCCACGGGUCGUGGGAAACCAGGCUGGGGGAAGGAAAGCUGCAAGCCCAUCUGGUGGCCUGAGGACAUUCCAUGGGCCAACGUUCGCAGUGAUGUCCGCACAGAGGAACAGAAGCAGCGGGUGUCAUGGACCCAAGCGUUGCGGACUAUCGUGAAGAACUGCUACAAGCAGCACGGGCGUGAAGACCUGCUCUACGCGUUUGAGGAUCAGCAGACGCAGCAGCAGACUACGACCACACAUAGUAUAGCACACCUGGUGCCGUCACAGACGGUGGUACAAACCUUCAGUAACCCUGAUGGCACUGUGUCUCUCAUCCAGGUUGGCACUGGUGCUACAGUUGCCACACUGGCCGAUGCCUCAGAGUUGCCUACCACAGUUACCGUCGCACAAGUCAAUUAUUCUGCAGUGACUGAUGGAGAGGUGGAGCAGAACUGGGCAACGCUACAGGGUGGUGAGAUGACUAUCCAGACGACGCAGGCAUCAGAGGCCACACAGGCGGUGGCAUCGUUAGCAGAAGCAGCAGUGGCAGCAUCUCAGGAGAUGCAACAAGGAGCAACUGUUACCAUGGCACUCAACAGUGAAGCAGCUGCCCAUGCAGUAGCCACGCUUGCUGAAGCCACUCUUCAAGGUGGAGGACAAAUUGUCCUAUCUGGUGAAACUGCAGCAGCAGUAGGAGCGCUUACUGGAGUCCAAGAUGCCAAUGGUCUCGUCCAGAUCCCUGUCAGCAUGUACCAGACGGUGGUGACCAGCCUGGCCCAAGGCAACGGCCCCGUUCAGGUGGCGAUGGCACCCGUGACCACGAGGAUAGCGGACAGUGCCGUCACCAUGGACGGGCAGGCAGUGGAAGUGGUGACCUUGGAACAGUGA